GCACACUUCUUACGUUAUUUCCUUGCACCAUGUUGCUCCCUUGGUUCAUAACACCUGUACAUCUAGCUUUUGGCAGUUUUUGUAUUUGUCGAAGCCCAGCGCCACGCUAUAUUUGUCCUGGGGCAUUCUGAGAUAUAUGCCUUAGCAUGUGCGAGCAAGAACAGGCAUAGUACAAUUUAGCAUGAUUACUCAACAUAUACAUAUUAGAUUAAUACCAUGCAUAUAAUACCUAUUAAUAUGGAGGGGUGGGGGAAGUAUGUGUAUAUGUGACCAUAAUGCCUGGAGAGGCCUACCGAGAGUGCUUAAUCAGGGCAAACUGCAAAGAAUGAGGCAGGCAUUCCCCAAAAGUGGUGGUCCUUCCUAUAAUUAGAUUUACCCAGACAGUAACAAAACAGCUUCUAUAUUAUCUUACUGGUUAUCAAGAAGCCCAAAAAUACAGUUUCCCUUAAGCAAUUCAGCCCUGGACUCCAACCCAGACAACCAAGUCAAAUGUAGUGAGGAUUACUUAAAAUUGUUUUCACCAUAUAUAAAGAUCUACCAAUCCCAAGAGUUCGGACCCAUUACUCAGCAGGUCCAGCAACAUGUUUGAGGUGCCAUUGCCUCUGGAUCGAGAUGGGAUCCUCUUCCGGCUCCGCUUUACCACCCUGGCUGUCGGGACCGUGUGUUGCCCACUGUUUGGAUUCCUUUUCUGUGUGAUCUGGUCUCUGCUGUUCCACUUCCAGGAAACGACAGCUACUCACUGCGGUGUCCCCAAUUACCUCCCCUCCAUCAGCGCCGCGAUUGGCGGCGAGACCCCUCAGCGCUACGUGUGGCGUCUCUGCAUUGGCCUCCACUCCGCGCCCCGCUUCCUGGUGGCCAUCGCAUACUGGAACCAUUACCACAGCUGUCACUGCACGCACCCUCGCUACCUGCAGCUCUGCCGCAUUAACUUCGCCCUCAAUGUCCUCGAAAACGUCGCCCUCCUUUUGCUGACGUACGUGUCUUCCUCGGAAAACUAUGCAAUCCACGAAAAUUCCUUCAUCCUCUUUAUCACCUCAGCCCUGGGUCACAUGUUCCUGACUUGCAUUCUGUGGCGGAUGACUAAGAAACACACAGUAAGUCCCGAGGAGCGCAAGUCCUACAAGUGGAAGCUGCUGCUCUUUCUCUUCAACCUCGUCACGUUCUCCUUGGCUGUGUGUGUCUACUUCCACCACAACUGGUACUGCGAGGCUGGAGCCUAUACCAUCUUCGCUUUCCUGGAGUACCUGGUUGUCCUUUCCAACAUGGCUUUCCACAUGACCGCCUGGUGGGACUUUGGCAACAAAGAGCUGGUGGUCAGUUCCCAGCCAGAAGACAAACGUUUCUAGGGCGGCCUCGUUGCCCGUGCUGCUGCUGGCAUCUGGAGUCCUGCAGUUGGUGCGAGUGUUGGGGCCAGAUGAGCUCCUGGGAGCGACGCUGGGCAGGGAGGACCGUGAUGUGCUUUGAGAGGAAACCAAAAGCGCCCUUUGUUGAGACAUCGCCAGGACCUCCCUGUUCUUGUGCUGCUGCCGCCAGGAUCCUGUUAAAAACACCUCCAGAAAUACCGGAGAGUGCGGAUUGUAGGGGAGUGGGAUGAUUACGCACAAAUAAUACAGCAGCCUCUCCAUGGAUCUGUCAUUCCUGUCAAGUGCCAGGACAGGAGCAGUUAGUGGGAGCCGAGAGGGCAGGACCCAAGUGAGUCGAAUGGGUAAGAUGUUGGCCCGUGUGGCUAGGAAUCCUUCUUCUGCAAGGCCAACUGAUGCAGGGAUGGGAUCUUCUUUACUGCCCCGCCCAGCUCAGCACAGCACCUUUCCCACACCUGCUGCCUCACCAGGGCUCUUGCCGCAGCCCCAGACUCUGCACGGGUAAUAGUCGUGUGCUGAUCGACAGGGGAGAUUCCUUGCUGUGGCCCUGGGAUUGGAACAGGACUUCUCCAGAGGGAGGGUCUCUGCUGAACUCUUGAGCCCCACUUCCCUUUCCCGGUAUUCCCUUUCGAGCAAACAAGAUGGAGGGAAAGGCUGAGAAUACUGGAGGAAAACCCCUCUCAAGGCAUUCUGUGUUGCUUAUUCUCAGCACCUUGGAAUAACUUCCAGUUCCCCUUCACUCAGACAUCAACUUGAGGGCUCGCUGAAGAAUGACCUGGCCUCUUUUUCUGCAUUGCCUUGGGCUGGUUAGUCUUCCCUGUGUUUUCUCCCCCCUCCAGUCCAACAGGUCGGCUUUGUUCACCCUGCAAAAUCCUUGGCCAAGGCCUCCAGAGGUGCUGUGACAGAGUGCUGAGGCCCGACAGAUGGGCCAACACUCUGAUCGUUUCCUGUGUGACGGCUGAUUGAGGAGGUAGGGAGGAAUUAGCUAAUCAGGUGGGGAGGCGGGCUGAGAUAGGGAAUUCCUUGGAUAAAAGGCAGGGAGGCUGUGUUGGAGUAGCAGAAGGCGGGGCUGGCUGCGCCUAGAUUGAAGGAAAUCCCAAGGAAGAGAGAUCUGGUUUCCUCCUGGGGCCCUGCUGAACAAGGUCUGAAGGCAAGAGAGUCAUAGAGCUUGGGCAGGGUGUGUUGCAUUGGCCUGGUGUUGGUGGAGGGGACUUGAAUAAAUUAUACAGAGUGGACACUAAGAGAGCUUGAGCAAUUCCUGGGAUGGCCUAGGAUCGGGGGGGAUACGCCCCCAUCACAGGUGGGGCUAGUGACUGCGGGAGGAGGGACCUCAACCUUCAGUGGGCCAGAAGCCCAAAGUGCAGAGCAUCUGGCUUCUGAGAGAUGUUCCCCUUUAAGGCCUCUCAGGUUGAGCACCCAAAAAAGUAAGAUGUCCCCCCUGUCCCCUCCUGUCCCCCCCAUCCCCUCCAAUCACUAGUUCCUCUUAGAAAUCUUGCCCCUUGGCUCUUAGGAAGGGUCAGAGUGAGCAAGCGCUUGAGCUGGUCUGAGCUGCAGAGACCAUUGGGAUGUGGACUCCGGGUUGGGCCUCUCUCUUGGAGAUGCAGUGCCUCCAGCUGACCAGGCACAACCACAGAGGGUGAAGCCACAAGGGAGGAGCGAGGCCCAGGCCAGCCCAGCCUGACGGGUUUCUCUUGGGCCAUGCCUUCCAGCCUCCUCGACCACUCUCCCAGGACCGUCACUGGUCUCCUUGUGUACAGCUGGGUUCCAUCCUCGCCUGGGUCACUGCAGCUUGGCUGGGUGCUUGGCAAAGGAGCUGUAAUCCCAGGAUAUACAGGGCCGUAGUCACCCUGCUUCACUAGGGUAGCUGCACUGGCUCCUGAUUGACAUAGUACCAGCGAGGGGGAGCUGGAGGGGCACUGCUGUAGCUUCCUGGAUUUCGCGGAGGACAGGGUCUUAUUUUGGAGGGUUGGAAGCACAGCGCAUCACCCCCCCGGCACCUAUGAGAGACCACCCUUCGUGCGCAAGCCCUUGUCUUAUGAGACCACCCCAAAGUCUCUCCAGGUGGGUUGAGCAGAGCAGUGCUCCACCUCCAUUAGAGCGCACGCCUCCAGGCAGCGAUGGCUUUUCAUGAGGCUGUUGAGUGAUGCUACCAGGCAGGUUUCCACAUAGUUUGGGGAGAGAGGGCAGUCGCAGAUCCCUGGUCGUGUCCAUUUCAGUGCAGGUGCCCCAUGUACAGGCAAGCUCCAGCUGGGAGAUUCUGGUGGUUCCAUCUCUCCAGCUGCAUCGGACCCAGGCUCGGUGCCGGCGGCAAAGGCUGUGGGUAGCACUGCUCUGACUCCUUUGGCAGGUGUGAAUUUAGUGUGGCUGGAGUGAGAACCCCAGGGACCAGACACUCCUGCUUGCCCGAGCCGGGAUCUAUGCCAGGCAGUGCCAAGAGGCCUGCUCCAUCGCUCUGCCAACGUGCCUUGGCCCUGACCUGCAGGUGACCCCUCCGAGGAAGUUUGGGCUCUGGGCCUAGUCUCUGAAUAAGGGCGCGUUGUGUGGUGGAUUUUGUGGUGUGGGUACCUGCCCUUGGAGAUCUGCACAGAGCCCUACCAAAGAAUCAUUGGCUACUAGUGACAUUCAGUCCCAACCAACCUGGGCCUGGGCCAGACCCAGACCAGAGAGCAAGAGCUGUUAUGUACGAUAUAGAUAUUCCUACCAAUCUCAUCCCUGCAGUGUCUGAGCACCUAAAGGCCCUGUGUCCCGUAGCCUAGCCCUUUUCUGCCAGCCGCUGCCCUGAGCUGGAGUCCACCAUUGCUGCUUGGCUUCCUGGGUGCUGAUGGCCUGGUGCUGUCCAAAACAUAAGAACUCUGCACCCAACCUGAACAGACCCUGUGCUUUGGAUACAGAGCACCGGCUGGCCCUGCCGUCCCACCGCGGCAAAGCAGAAGAUUAAUCACCUGGUGAAUUAACCCCAAUGACCUUUGUGGCAGAAAUGUGUUGGAAUACCCGGGAGAAGGAUACAGAGAGAGUGGGCCGGGCUCGGAUCGAAGCCUGGUGAGGAUCGAAAGGCAGGGCAGGAAGCCUGCCUGUGUUGUGAAGGGGAGAGGAAGCCAGGGCUGGGAGCAGAAGUGGGAGGGGCAAGGGUGGUAUGGCUACCAAGUCAUUGACAUGGCAGCGUGUGGGGUGGGUGAGGGGUGAGCCCAGUGGGCAGACUCGCAGAGAUGACAGGAGCCUGCCCCAAGGGGGUUUGCCAGGGAGGUGGAUAAACCCAUCCCAGGAUGUCUGGCUGAGCAGAGCUAGCAGAGUGCUGCGUCAGGCACCACGUUCUUCUUAGUCCUAUGUGCCAAGACCCUUUGGCCAAAGCCAGAACAGAAUACAGCCAUUCAGUCAUCCAGUGGUAGCUGCCUCCUUGGAGCUCAGGGAGGGGACACAGCUGAUAAGUAACAGCAGAUGGGAAACUCUCCCUCUCCUUGUUAAUUCUCCUUUUUCUUUGGCGUGAAGUUGGGGGCGAGUGGAGUACGGAGAACAGGCCCCGUGGCAGGGUUACAGGGCAUCCGAAAUAGGGAAGGACCCUGGGUGAUGUGUCUGAAACCAGGCAGAGGCCAUCAUGGGCCCUCCCCAGCAGAACAUGUAGGAUGGUCUAGGAGCCAGCUGGGAAGGUCAGGAGAUGCUGGGUGCCUUCAGCUGGUGCUUUUUCUGCUCUUAGCACUGGUGGAACACAGCUCUGGUCCAUCAGACAGCCAGUACUGGUCUGUGCGGAAAGGCCAGGUUACCCUCUCACAGGUCUGAUGGGGCACCUACCUCUGCUCUCUGCCAAGCGCCCUUUCAGAUCCCUGCUGGGGAGAUCAGCUGCAACCUACAUGGUGACGCCUGGUCACUCAUCAAGGAGAAGUCACACACACACACACCCUUCCCGACCAGCACAGUGUUUGAGAGCAGCAAGCACAAGAUUAUCCAAGCAACAGUCCCGGGAGUGAACCUGCCUUGGGCUGCGAGGGCUCGGUGAGGUUGGGAUAAAGUCUGCUCGGUUCUUUGGCUUUAAUAGUGGCAAUCUCUCUUCCUGAUUUUCCUGGGCAUUUUGGAACUGCUGGUGCGGCCCUCUCUCGCCAGCCGCUGCUGCUUGCAAGUGGAAUCCGCCGUGCGCAUCAUCCGUUACUGUAUGCAAUUGUAUUCUGCUGGGGUGGGGAUCGCGCACACUCUGUGCCAUGAUACUGCCGGUUGUAUAUUUUCAUUGGUUUGGAGGAUGAAAUAAAAUGCUGAGUAUUUUUGUCAA